GAAAUUAGUUCAGGCAUGGACGCCAUGAUUGUCUGCAAGUCGGCCUGCACUCCUUCCUGCACUCCUGGCUUAUUUGUUGGACAAGCCAGAGGAAUAAAGAGUUCACAAUGUAGCUUCAUGAUUGGAAAGGCUCUUACUUUUCCAAGGCAAAAGGCUGCUCAUGCAAGCCAGAAGUCCAAGAAGCUCGGUGGAGGAGCACUCAGUGCAACUUGUCGGGAUGAGAAGAUUCUUGUGGCGAAUAGGGGGGAAAUUGCAGUUCGUGUGAUACGAACUGCUCAUGAGAUGGGAAUACCAUGUGUCGCUGUUUACUCUACAAUAGAUCAGGAUGCACUUCAUGUGCGGCUUGCGGAUGAGGCCGUAUGCAUUGGGGAAGCACCAAGUAGUCAGUCGUAUCUAUUCAUUCCAAAUGUUCUAUCUGCUGCCGUCAGCCGUAAAUGUACCAUGUUGCAUCCUGGUUAUGGUUUCCUUGCCGAGAAUGCUACUUUUGUUGAUAUAUGCAGAGAGCAUGGAAUCAAUUUUAUUGGACCUAAUCCCGACAGCAUUCGAGUUAUGGGUGAUAAAGCUACUGCUAGAGAAACAAUGAAAAAAGCUGGUGUACCAACUGUACCUGGAAGCGACGGAUUGUUACAGUCCACGGAGGAGGCUAUCAAGCUUGCUCAUGAGAUUGGUUUCCCUGUGAUGAUUAAGGCAACAGCUGGUGGUGGAGGACGUGGGAUGCGUCUAUCUAAUGAACCUAAUGAGUUCGUGAAGUUGUUACAGCAAGCGAAGAGCGAAGCUGCAGCUGCAUUUGGUAAUGAUGGAGUUUAUUUGGAGAAGUACAUACAAAAUCCCAGGCAUAUUGAGUUCCAGGUUCUUGCGGAUAAGUAUGGAAAUGUCGUUCACUUCGGAGAGCGUGAUUGCAGCAUUCAGCGGAGGAACCAGAAACUCCUUGAAGAAGCUCCCUCUCCUGCAUUGACCCCAGAAUUGCGGAAAGCAAUGGGCGAUGCUGCUGUUGCAGCAGCUGCAUCUAUUGGUUAUGUUGGUGUGGGGACUGUCGAAUUUCUUUUGGAUGAAAGAGGUUCCUUUUACUUCAUGGAAAUGAAUACUCGGAUCCAGGUGGAACAUCCUGUGACUGAAAUGAUUUCUUCAACCGAUUUGAUUGAGGAACAAAUCCGUGUGGCUCUUGGAGAGAGAAUCGAGUACAAGCAGGAAGAUAUUGUACUCAGAGGACAUUCAAUUGAAUGCCGCAUUAAUGCAGAAGAUGCUUUUAAAGGAUUCCGACCAGGUCCUGGGAGGAUAACAGCAUACCUGCCAUCUGGUGGUCCAUUUGUGAGAAUGGACAGUCAUAUUUAUCCGGAUUAUGUGGUUCCUCCUAGCUACGAUUCCCUUUUAGCAAAGCUAAUCGUUUGGGCCCCAACCAGAGAGAAGGCGAUCGAACGCAUGAAAAGGGCCCUCAACGACACUGUCGUCACAGGAAUUCCGACAACCAUCGAGUACCACAAACUCAUCCUUGAUAUUGAGGAUUUCAGAAAUGGCAAAGUUGAUACAGCAUUUAUACCAAAGCAUGAAAAGGAAUUAGCUGCGCCUCAGAAGCUGGUAUUAUCGACACCCGCCAAAGAACUGGCUGGCUCGACUGCAUAGUCGGAUCUUUUGUGCCGUAACUUCCAACCGAGGUGUGAAGAAUUCACGUGUUGUUCUUUGUUUCUGUCCAACAGGUUUUGACAGUAGAAUGAUCUCUAUUUGAUUUAGUGUAUCUCAAUUUUCCUUAAAUUAUUUUAGCCUAUUCAUAUAUAUCAAAGACCCAUUUAUCAGAAAUUAUUGGGAUUGCUACCUUUUUGUUAUGCAGUGAGAAUUGAAUUGGAAAUGUAUUUGCAAGUCAAAUGGGAAUUUUCUGGGCAGGUGUAAAUUGGA